CCGCUUCUUUCUUUUUUUCAUUUCGGCCAAAAAAUUUUGGCGAUCACGAAAUUUACACCACUGAGCUCUCUCUCUCUCUCCAGUUUCCACUUUAAGCUUAUACUCCUCUACGAUUGUUUGGUUCACAUAAUUUCAAUUUAAAUUUGGAGCUCUUCAAUUAGCUCCGCCAAACAAGCCCCGCUACUGGUUUUAAUUUCGUGUCCUCUCAGCCAAAUUUGGGAUAAUGGAGGUCGAUGCACCACGGAAUCUACGAGAUGAUCGAAUGAGUGAUUGUCGGAGUAUAAGCAAUUAUCAGCCGUCUAGCCAAUCGAGGAAGAUAUCCAUUGGGGUUAUGGUUGAUUCAGUAGCCAAGAAAAUGUCUGGAGCUGCUAAGGAAGAUGACGUUGCAGUCCCGACAGAAAGGAAGAAUCUUAAUGUGGAAAAUUCCAUAGAAGUGAAAAAGAAGGGGCAACAAGUCACGGCUCCUGUCAAAAGGAAACCAAUUGAGGCUCCAGAGCGGGAGGGUUCGCCUUGGAUUACUACAAGAUCACUUCACCAACAAUCGUCUUUUCCGGAGACUUUCUUUUGUGCAGAGCAACCAGCCACUAGUGGCAGGCAGAACAAGCUUAGUGGACAAAAAAAUGCACCAGCGACACAUUCCGUUCAAUUUUGUACCAAUAAGACAUCAAUUUUACAGUCUGACAGUGGUGAGAAGCAGUUUGAUGGGAUUACCUACAAAAGGAAGGGAAUGAAGGAUGGAAGCACAGAGACGGUGAAGGAAUUUAGUUUUGCAGCCGCACAAGAAGAUCACGUGUCGGAUAAAGCAGAUAAAACAGAAACCCAAACUGAAACUUUGAGAAUGAAGCUCUGGGAGAUAUUGGGCAAUGUUUCUUCACCUAAGAGUCAGCUUUCUAACUCUCAAAGUCAUGAGGUCGGUGCCAAUAAUUUAAAGCCGGGGCAGAAUUUUGAUCAAAAGGGUGGUGAAGUAGUCAGGCCCAGACAGAAUUCAGAUACAAUAGAAACUGACUCUGAAGACCCUGAUCACACUAUCAGGAGACCAGUAACUCGUUCGUUGACCCAAAAGAGAGUUUCACCAAAGGUGCAAGUUAAGCGAACUAAAUGUGGUCCAUCUUCUGGUUACAUACAGAAAAAUCAAGAGAAGAACAUCUUCUCCCUUAAAGGAGGAUGGUCUGGGAGAGUAAAUGGUUCUGCCAAUGGUGGUUCCUCAAAGCCUAUGAGGAAGAAGAGUGAUAAAAAGAGUACCAAAAUUGAGCCACGCAAGAUUUUGUUUCCUGAAAAGGAUACUUCAGAUAAGAUCCAGGGAGCAAGUUAUAGGAGUGCAGCACCGCUUCCUGCUGAGGAGACACCUUCACCAGGCAAGAAAAUGGGAGAGUACCUUGAAGUGGAGAAAAAAAUCCAGGAACAAAAUUCACGUCAAUCCCCUUUGACAGACAAGACAGAUCAGCAGGAGGAUUUUAACAGUCCAGCAAAUGGGGACCAACAAGAAGAAAUUGAUAAUCCUUCUUUAAAGAAUGUUGUGGACCAACAAGAUGGCUUUGAGAGUCCAACAUUUAGAAUUGAAACUCCCACCUCAAGUUCUACCCGUACCUCAACUCCAAAAACGGACCAACUGGAACAUGAUGUUCCCAGUCGUCCACCAACAAAGAAAAGAUUUACUGUGGGAGGCAUUCGUAGCUUCAGGAAUUUGCAGACUUCAAAACCAGAUCAUUAUGGGUCAAAUGCACAGAAAGAGUAUUCUGGUGAUGCAGAGAAACUUAAAAAUUUUCCACCCCAAAAAGCAGUGGUUGAUAUUGAAGAGAAAGAUGCAGAAGAUGGCCUGUCUGAAUCAUCAGCUGAAGAACAGGAUUGUAAGAGUUCGGCAGAUGGUUCACCCAUCCUUGAAGCAUAUAGUGGUUGUAGAGAAGGAGAUACAUCGUCUCCAGAACCUGGUGCUGCUGAGAAAUCAAAUUUCACACUUCGUUCAACUAAAAGGCGCGGGUCCUGUGAAGGCAUUAGAUUUGAUAAUAUCAGUCCCAUGUCACCCUCUCCAAAAGGGACUGGAGAAAGUAGUUCGAUUCAAGAACCUUUAGAGCAGAGCCAAGAGGAUGGAUUGUCGAGGGCUAUCCAACUGUUUUGCUUGGAACUACAAAAACUUAAAAGCAGAAUGAAGUCAGAGACUACUAAAAGAUCCUCUGAAAUUGUGAUGUCCGUUGCUGAUGGGAUAUCUUUGCAGCUGCAGAACCUUGAGUCUCAUAUUCAGACAGACAUAGGGAAGCUGACAGGCCUCAGUAAAUCAAAAAGAAAACGGUUUGAAGCAAAAUUUGAAGAGCAACAAAACGAAUUGAAGUUGAUUCAUGAAAAAUUCAAAGAAGAUAUUAAUCAGCAUCUCCAGGACUUCAGAAACAUGCUUGAAGGGCUAGAAGCACACCAGAUAGAGUUUAAGGGAACAAUGGAGAAGAAAAAAACAUCACACCGGAAGCUUCUCUUGCAAAUGGAAGAAGCAGUCAAGACCCAACUUAAUGAUGCUGAAAGAAGAAUCACAGCUAUCCACGAGUUGGCAAGGGGAAAGAUGCUCCAAUUGAAACACGUGAUAUCCUUGUGCUUGAAGGAGGGUGUACUAAGUUGAUUUGAUUUGUACUGCUAUCUAGGAAGUCAUGGACUUCACCUACAGUUACAGAAUUCCGAAGAUUUUCACUGAUGCUUGGAAUUGACCUUGUAAGCCUUUGCAUUUCGUAGGUCAUCAGUAUUAUCCUAUUACCUAUAUCAUGCUUAGGAAUUUAUCUUUCAUCUGUUCACUGUUUCUCAAUUAUAUUCUAAAUUGUACAGACAAUUUUAUUU